UGGAAAAGAGAGCAUCAGUUUUACUCAUGCGAUUGUAGCAUUGAGGCUCUUAAAAGGGCUGAAGAAGUGAUAGACGCAGCUGACUUAGCCUCAGAAAAGCACAGUUUUCAUCUAUUCCCUUGUGAUUUUUCUAUUAGUGGUUUUUUGAAGUGGUGGUCCUAUGAUCCUUGCAGGGAAGUUAUUCUGCAAAAGCAGGACAUUUGUCUUUCAGAUGUUGAAGACAAGAGAGUGGUAGGGUUAAAUGAUUUUUCUUCUUUGAAGGAAUGUAAAUGCUGCCUUGGCGGGGGUGGAUUUUGUGACCUUGUUAUCCAUGCUGUUGGCAUUACCACUUCACAGGAUGCCAACAUCAAUUGCAGCAUGUUUCGCUGUAUUGAAACCUGGUGGCCUACUUCUAUUCAGAGAUUAUGGUAAUUUCCCAACAAAAAACAUAAAUUUAUAUGUA